AUGGUGCGCCUGAUGGUCGAGGCCGAGACGGACAUGGUGCGCCUGAUGGUCGAGGCCGAGACGGACAUGGUGCGCCUGAUGGUCGAGGCCGAGACGGACAUGGUGCGCCUGAUGGUCGAGGCCGAGACGGACAUGGUGCGCCUGAUGGUCGAGGCCGAGACGGACAUGGUGCUGCCAGUGAGGAGGAUGACGGCAGGGAGUGGCCCAUACUCGCUAUUGGCUCGCGUGGUCCUCGCUGGCGUCCUCGAUCUCCUCACUCUGCUGCCGGAGCACUUGGUCGAGGCUCUCCGACUGCCUGAUGACGACCGCAUCGACAACGGGGCUGGGUCAAGUGCGCAGCGAACUGCGUCCAAGCCUGAGCGGAGUCGUGGACAGCGCUCAGAACGGAAGGGCGGAAAGACAGCAGCGUCAGGGAGGACAGCAAAGAUGGCGGACAAGAACAAGGCCAAGGGCAAGAUGCCGUCCAGCGGCAAGGCUAAGGGCAAGGCCCAAGCCAAGCGCAAGUCACGGCAACAGCCAGAUGAUGACGGGUGGCGUGCAUCCGCUGAGCUACGCAAGCAUCCGUUCGCAGUCAAGGCCUUGGCGGUGCACGGCGAUGUGGUUGUUGUCCGCCUCGCCCGCUGCGUCGUUGUCAUCCGUCUCGACCUUGCCGCAGAUUAUGCUCGCGCUGGCAGAGGGCUGACCGUCGUCGAUGAUGCCGGCAAUGCCGACGAUAGCAGCAGGCGCGGGUCGAGGUCGCGGACAAAGAGCAAGUCUGGCAAGAGCAAAUCGACGGGCAAGGAGGCUUCAGGUGAGAGCGAGCCGCGUAGCAAUCGCGUCAUUGCUCUCCUCCCCAAAGCAGCGUCGGUCGCCAUCGUCGCCACAGGCAGCGCCAUCGUUCUCACCCACGCCUCGGGCGAGGUCUCAAUCUGGCCAAUCGCCAGCCUCCCACCCCUCGACGAGAGCGGCUCGGCUAGCGGCCUGGACCUUCCGCGCCAUGACGACUACCUUCUCGUUGCACCGCCGCUUCCUCGCAUGACCGACGUGGCCGUCGCCGUGGUGGCGCGGCCCGCAGAGACGAUCCUCGUCUGGUGGCGCGGGUACAACACGUUGCGGCGGUUCGCAGCGCCUGCACCGCCUGUCGCCAACAACGACGACGACAGCAACGAGGACAGUGAGAGCGAUGCCGGUGGCAAGCUGCUGGUGGCGCGCCCAGACUAUGUCUUUCCAGCGCCGAUCACGUCGGUGGCGUCAUCACCGGGUAGCGGGCGGCUGACGGCCGUGGGGCUGGCAACCGGUGCAGUGGUGGUGUACGACAACGAGUACGGGACUGAGCGGUACGUUGUGACGCUCAAGACCGGCGCCGUCAAGCAUCUCCUUCUGUUAGGGUCCGAAUACCUCGUGGCUGCCCUCCAGCGCGCCUCUGAGCUCUACCUCUUUUCCCUCGCUCGCGGUUGUGCUAGGACCUGUGUCCCGCUCGGCCACAAGUUGGUCACCCUCUCACGCAUCGGCGCGACACGGAUGGUUCUUGCCCACACUCGCGCUGCUACUACCUCGCACUACGUCGCGCUCGAUCCGGUCGCCGGUCACGAAGUCGCUGCUCUCGCCAUCGAUCCGCUCUGGUCCCCGCUCCGCCGGCUCUGUGCGCCCUACCUCGAUACGUCCGGUGCGUAUGCCAUCGUCGCUCUGCGGUGGACCGGCGAGCCGCCGCAACCCGCGCCCAAGCUUGCGGUCGAUGAUGGCGCGGGAGAAGACUCUGGCAGCGAUACCGGUGACGCCGCGGGUGGCGAGGGUGAGGACGGCGAGCAGGCUGUCGAUGCCGCUGCCGGCGACAAAGCCAAGGUCGAGGCUUCGCCCAAAUCGCGGCUGAAGCGACGGCUCGACAUGGGCACGCCGGAUAUCAGGGUUGUCCUCAACGGCGCAUCCGAGUCUGGCGACGAUGAUGACGACGACGAAGGCAGCGGCGGGAUCAGCGACGAUAGCCUCGACUUGAGCCGAAGCAGGGUCGCACGGAUUGGCGGGAAGGCUGCCGACCGGCACUUGCUUCAGGUCCCGCGGCCACAGAAGCGGCGGCGGAAGCGGCGACAACUCAAGGCGUCCGGGGUCGGUGGGAGUGGCGGAAGUGGCGGAAGUGGCCGCGGACGAGCCGGAUCGAUACGCGGGCGGCGAGGAGGGCGGCCGAACGGAGGCGUCGGCGGAGGUGUCGGCGUUGGCGGUGUCGACAAGCACUUCAGUGGGGGCAAGGAUAGCGAGGGUUCUGCUGGCGAUGACAAUGGACUCGACGACGAUGACCACGAGGUGGUGGAUAUCGACGCUGGGCCGCGGUGCACACUCGCGCUGUUCUCUGUGGCCGAGGUGGCCGUGGGCCGGCAGGCGGACCAAGUGGUGGCGUACAAGCCUGCGGCGGCGUUUGCAAGCGCUGCAGCGGUGGCAGCUGCGCGCGAUGCGCGGGCGGCAACGCCAAGUGCAAGCGGCUACCUUCGCGCGCCGAGCUCUGAGACGGCGGUGGUGGCGAUCUCGCAGCUGGACGAGGGGCGGAGGAGCCAGGCACUGCUUAGCCGGGCCCAGAUGGCAGCGAUGGACACGUCGCUGACAGCCGACGAUGGGCUGGUACCUGAUGCUGGGGCUGGUGGGGCGGAUCCGCUUGCGGCGCGCAGCGCGCGGCAGCGGGUGGUGCAGAGGGUGCUCUCACGGAGCUCGAGCCGGACAGCGCGGCGCGCGCGGUCUGUAGCGCGGACGCAGCGGACGAGCGCCGCGCUCGCCCGCGGCAGCGACGAACUCGCAGCGUUUAUCGUAGCCAUGGACGCCGAUGGCGGACUACCAGCCGAGUGGCACGCGGCGGCGGCAGCGGCCGAGAUGGCUGCGGCGGGGCCGGCACGGAGCGAGGCGGCACGGCGGCGGGAGAUGGCACGUGCAGCGGCAUCAAGCCGAGCGGCGAGGCGACGAUAG